UAACACCCCUUCCUCUCUUUCCCUCACCUCUCUUCCUUGACUCCUUCCAUGAUUGCCAUCUAUUUUACUGAGUCUUUAAUCUUCAGAGUUCUAUAUAUUGGACCCUCAGCAAGACAAAUAUCAGAGUCAGAAUUCAGAAACACCUUCAAGACAUAACUUGUUUGAGUCUUACAAAGUCGAUUCUUCCAACAAUAUUUAACACCCUUUCCUCUCUUUCCCUCACAUAGCCUCUUUGGAAUCUGGCUGUAAAUUGUUAGUUUUUAAUCCAAAGCCUUGCAACCCAGAUAGAGAAAAUACCUCAGGAAACAAGUUUUGGUAUCAUCUGGCACAUACCCAGAUACUGAGAACUUGUUUCCCUCUCUAGGCGAAGAUCAGAGUACACCAAUAUGGGAAAAGGUUUGACAACAUUGUUGCUUUCCUGUGUUCUGUUUUCUCUAUGUGCCUCAUCAUUCGCUCAAACCUGCAAGAGCUAUACUUUCUCUAGCAACAGGGUAUUCCCCUCAUGCCAAGACCUUCCUGUAUUGAGUGCUUUCCUUCACUGGAGCUAUGACCAAUCAACCAACAAGGUUGAUAUUGCGUACAGACACACAGGAACCUCAACUUCGAGAUGGGUUGCUUGGGCCAUCAACCCUACAGGAUCAGGAAUGGUAGGAGCACAAGCCCUUGUGGCCUAUCAAAACUCCAGUUCGGUCAUGCGUGUAUACACAUCUCCUGUGUCUGGAUAUGGAAUAUCUACGUUGACAGAGGGUAAUUUGAGCUUUGCGGUUUCAAAUCUCUCUGCAACCUUUGAGAAUAGUGAGAUGACUAUAUUUGCUACACUGACGCUUGGUAGUGGCACAACGGUGAACCAAGUCUGGCAAGAAGGUCCUCUGAGUGGAGAUAGUCCUAGUAGCCAUAAUACCGCUUCAAGUUCAGCAAAUAUGAAAUCAGCGGGCUCUCUGAAUUUUCUGAAUGAUCAGGCGACAACCUCCGCCGGAGGUGGACUCACUUCAAGGCAACGAAGACAGAAUGUUCACGGAGUACUAAACGCGGUUAGUUGGGGCACUCUGAUGCCCUUGGGAGCCAUGAUUGCUAGGUACCUAAAGGUGUUCAAGUCAGCAGAUCCUGCAUGGUUUUACCUGCAUAUUGCUUGCCAAAGUUCUGCCUAUGUUAUUGGGGUUGCUGGAUGGGCAACGGGUCUAAAACUAGGCGGCGAAGCCUCUAGUGUUAAUCAGUAUGAUACUCAUAGGAACAUCGGCAUAACCCUCUUCUGCCUUGGAUCACUUCAGGUGUUUGCCCUGCUUUUGAGGCCAAAGAAGGAUCACAAAUACAGGUUAUAUUGGAACAUCUACCACCAUUCUGUCGGAUAUUCUGUCAUUAUCCUAAGCAUCAUCAACAUCUACAAGGGAUUAGAUAUUUUGGAACCAGAGAAGAAGUGGAAGAAGAUAUAUAGCGGAAUUCUGAUUUUCAUGGGCGUCGUUGCUGCUAUAUUGGAAGCUUUUACUUGGUUCAUUGUUAUCAAAAGAAAAAAGACUAGCUCUGAGAAAUACCCGGAGUAUGAGAAUGGAGUGAAUGGCGGUAAUGGCUAUGCCGCCAGAACAGAAAAUGGGGUGUACCGCAGGUGUCCCCAAAAAGCUGAACUUGUUUCCCUCUCUAGGCAAAGAUCAAAGUACACCAAUAUGGGAAAAGGUUUGACAACAUUGUUGCUUUCCUGUGUUCUGUUUUCUCUAUGUGCCUCAUCAUUCGCUCAAACCUGCAAGAGCUAUACUUUCUCUAGCAACAGGGUAUUCCCCUCAUGCCAAGACCUUCCUGUAUUGAGUGCUUUCCUUCACUGGAGCUAUGACCAAUCAACCAACAAGGUUGAUAUUGCGUAUAGACACACAGGAACCUCAACUUCGAGAUGGGUUGCUUGGGCCAUCAACCCUACAGGAUCAGGAAUGGUAGGAGCACAAGCCCUUGUGGCGUAUCAAAACUCCAGUUCAGUCAUGCGUGUAUACACAUCCCCUGUGUCUGGAUAUGGAAUAUCUACGUUGACAGAGGGUGAUUUGAGCUUUGCGGUUUCAAAUCUCUCUGCAACCUUUGAGAAUAGUGAGAUGACUAUAUUUGCUACACUGACGCUUGGUAGUGGCACAACGGUGAACCAAGUCUGGCAAGAAGGUCCUCUGAGCGGAGAUAGUCCUAGUAGCCAUAAUACCGCUUCAAGUUCAGAAAACAUGAAAUCAGCGGGCUCUCUGAAUUUUCUGGAUGAUCAGGCGACAACCUCCUCAGGAGGUGGACUCACUUCAAGGCAACGAAGACAGAAUGUUCACGGAGUACUAAACGCGGUUAGUUGGGGCACUCUGAUGCCCUUGGGAGCCAUGAUUGCUAGGUACCUAAAGGUGUUCAAGUCAGCAGAUCCUGCAUGGUUUUACCUGCAUAUUGCGUGCCAAACUUCUGCCUAUGUUAUUGGGGUUGCUGGAUGGGCAACGGGUCUAAAACUAGGCAGCGAAGCCUCUAGUGUUAAUCAGUAUGACACUCAUAGAAACAUCGGCAUAACCCUCUUCUGCCUUGGAUCACUUCAGGUGUUUGCCCUGCUUUUGAGGCCAAAGAAGGAUCACAAAUACAGGUUAUAUUGGAACAUAUACCAUCAUUCUGUCGGAUAUUCUGUCAUUAUCCUAAGCAUCAUCAACAUCUACGAGGGAUUAGAUAUCUUGGCCCCAGAGAAGAAGUGGAAGAAGAUAUAUAGCGGAAUUCUGAUUUUCAUGGGCGUCGUUGCAGCUUUAUUGGAAGCUUUUACUUGGUUCAUUGUUAUCAAAAGAAAACAGACUAGCUCUGAGAAAUACCCCGAGUAUGGGAAUGGAGUGAAUGGCGCUAAUGCCUAUGCCGCCAGAACAGAGAAUGGGGUGUAGUUUAUACAUCAGAAAGACUAGGCUUCGUGCCUCCUUACAUGCCUCACUAGAUUGUUUUUUUAGGCUUUUACACCAUGGGUGGGGAUAUUUGAAUGUCACGUACGUUUGAGAGAGUUUAGUACCUUCUUUUACUUGAUUUUUUCUUUCACUUUGUAGCCAUUUAUUAGUAACUCGUUGCUUGGACAUUCAGUGUGUAAUUCUUUACUGUAGUAUAUAUAGAUGGACUUCAUGUUUCUUA